AUGGUGAUGAAUGUUGAGAUAAUCUCCAAGGAGAUAAUUAAGCCAUCAUCUUCAACACCCCAUCACCUUAGGAAGUUCAAGCUUUCCUUCUUAGACCAACUUGCACCUCUCUUUCAUUUUCCUAUCAUUUGGUUCUAUGAUUCUAAGAAAGUUGUGGAUGUUGAACCAUUUGAAAGAUCUUGUUUGCUAAAAGAGUCUCUAGCUGAAACCUUAACUCACUUCUAUCCAUUAGCUGGAACACCUAUUAAUGAAGAAUUCUCCAUCAACAGUAACGACAAGGGUCCCGAUAAUAGUUGCAAUGAUUUUGGAAAGGAAGUUCUCCUAGCUGUCCAAUAUAAUAUUUUUGAGUGUGGUGGAGUUGCAAUUGCUGUGUGUAUCUCACAUAAGCUUGCUGAUGUAAUAUCUGCAGUCAAUUUUGUUAAUGCAUGGGCUGGCACAUGUAGAGGAGAAAGUGAAGUUAUAAGUCCUAUUUUUGAUGCGCACAUCCAUUUUCCUCCAAGAGAUAUAACUGGGUUCAUGCCAAAUGAAGCCUAUAUUUCAAAAGAAACGAUUGUGACCAGAAGGUUUGUGUUCAACAAAUCGAGCAUAGCCGCACUAAGAAGAGAAGCCUCUGCUGCAUUUGGUCCAGAAGACAGGGUUGCAUCACGCGUUGAGGUCGUUUCAGCAUUCAUAUGGAUGCGUAUCAUGGUGAUGGCUCGGACAAGGACAACAAAACCUAAGCAAGUAACAGCAGUUCUUGCAGUGAACCUGCGAGAGAGAAUGGUUCCACAACUUCCAGUGCAUUCCUUUGGGAAUCUUGCGAGGGUUGCGAUUGCAGGUGAAACACCGGUUGAGAUGGAGAAGGAUUACCAAUUUUUAGUGAGGCAGCUUAGGAACACUAUCUUGGAAAUCAAUGCUGAGUACUUGAAGAAACUACAAGAUGGCCCUGUUGGAGAUUUGUAUUUUCUAGGGAAAAAAGACAAACAAUUCCAAAAUGGUGAGAUAGAGUCCUGUAACUUUAGUAGUUGGUGUAGGUUUUCUGUGUAUGAAGUUGAUUUUGGUAUGGGAAAGCCCACCUGGGUGUGUUGUCCAGGCUUUUGUUGUAAGAAUACGGUAGUCAUGAUGAGUACCAAAGAUGGUGAUGGAAUUGAGACAUGGGUGAGCAUGAAGGAAGAAGACAUGGUCAUGUUCGAAAAUGACCAGGAGCUGCUCUCAUAUGCUAGCUAG